GUCAGUCCAUCACAGACAGCACAAUGGCACCAGCGCAGCAGGAAGAUGUUAUUGGCAACUAUUACAAUGUGAUUCUUCAAUUGGUCAAGAAUGCCGGAAAGGUAUUGGUUGAAGGGUUCAACAACACCAAGAACGUCAAGACAAAAUCAGCCGAUUACGAUCUCGUGACAGAAUACGACAGAAGAAUAGAAGAAAUUCUUAUCAAACAACUUUCAGCCAAUUUUCCUGGCCAUAAAUUUAUUGGCGAGGAGACAAUGGGAGCGGAGAAACUUACGGACGCACCAACAUGGAUCAUUGACCCGAUCGACGGUACGACCAACUUUGUGCACAGGGAUGCCAACUGUGCCAUCUCCGUGGCGUUCGCCGUCAACCGUCGGUUAGAGAUCGGCAUCGUCUACAGUCCAGUACGAGACCAGAUGUUUACCGCGCAGAGGGGCAAAGGCGCAUUUCUUAACGGCAAACCCAUCCAUGUUUCAAAUGUCACAGAUAUCAAGAAAUCGUUAGUCGGCCAAGAAAUAUCGAUGGCACAGUGUAACACCAUCAAAGAAAAAUUACUUAAGAGGCUAUCUGCAGUGGUCUCCAAAGCACAUGGUGUGAGGUCUAUCGGCACCUGCGCCAUGUCGCUGUGCUACGUAGCACUAGGCGCUUGGGACGCCUACCAGGUGGACUACUUGUGGCCCUGGGACUACUCAGCAGGCGCUCUCAUAGUGGAAGAGGCCGGCGGCGUGGUGCUCAGCACCGAUGGUUCCCCAUUUGACGUAAUGAAGCAAUCGAUCCUCGUCACUGGUACAAAGCAGCUCGCUGAAGAUCUUAUCAAGACCUUCAAACAAGCAGAUUCGUCCUAAAGUUGUAUAAUGAACGACUAUGUAGAUAUUAGUGGCUAAGAAAUUCUGUUGAUAUUAUUGAUUAAGAUACUAAAUUUUAAUAUUGAUUAUUAGUUAAUAAAAUUGUGUUUUAAUGAA